AAACGAGAGCAUGAAGUUUAUGCUUCUCUACUUCAAGCUAUUGAAUCAUCAAAGUCGUGUCAAAACGAUUGCAUAGGCUAUGCAGUCAGCGCUUCAAGCACAGAUUAUCCAGAUGAAAGUAUUGUCAAUACCUUAAUUCCAAUGGACAAAUAUCUAAAUAGUCCUUCUUACUGGUCGAGUAAAGGACACAGUGAUCGGAAUGCCCCCGAGACACUAAUUUACAAAUUGAAAGCUGAUCUAUGUGUGAUCACCGAGGUUUGUAUGAAACCUUUUGAAGCUUAUUUCCAGCCCGGCAAGCCCAUUUAUUCUGCAAAAUCUGUUCGAUUUCGAUUAGGGCACCGCAAAUCCUUGAGAGAAGAGAGUGAUCUCCUGAAAAUGCCCCAGCAACAGCCUGCUGAUGACAAGUUUAUGUGGACAUAUACUUCUGAAGAAUUCCCUAUGACACAGGAAAAAUGCCUUCAGCGGUUCAAAUUGCCAGAACCUGUGGUUUGCGUUGGUGGAUAUCUGCAGAUUCUACUGUUAGGCAGAGUUCAGAGACAAGAAAUGGACGACUUAUUUUACAUAUGUAUUAGUCAUGUGAGAGUUGUAGGACUACCUCUCGGCUCUACAUUCGAUGUAAAGGUCCUAGAGCCGUCUCAAGAAUUUGUGUUGAACUACAAUCGAGAUGUUUUUGGAUGCACGUUGCAAAGCUUCUCUAAUCGAGGCCAUCAAGACUCAAAUGUGGCUCCAACACUUUCAGAGGAACUUGUGGUUGACGCGGGCAUUAUGGAGUUCUUUUUACAGAACCACCACCCAGGUUUCGAACUCAUGGGAUGGGGGGACGACGACGAUGAUGAUGAGGAAAUGGAAGAAGUGGGAAUUUUGUAAUUUAACAUCGCGAUUUUCUUUUCUUUAGGAGUGAUUGAUGUAUGUCCGCUUGUCUUUGAUGGUCCUUUAUUUAAGCAGUUUUGCAACAGUUCUUUGUGUAAAAGUUUGGGAGUUGCAUAAUACUUUUUCAAGGAUUUGUUGUUGAUGGUUAAACUGUGUUAUUUUGCACAUUUUUCAAUGAGAAAUAAGUAAGAGUUGAUCA